AUGUCGGCAAAUGAGAGAGCAACUCGAGCACUGAGGGAGAUCCAGCAUAAACCUGGAAAUGACACCUGUGCAGAUUGUGGCGCGCCAGAUCCCAUGUGGGGCUCCUGCUCUCUGGGGGUGUUCAUCUGUCUGGCCUGCUCGGGGAUCCACCGAAACUUCCCCGACAUCAGCAAGGUGAAGUCUCUGAGCCUGUCGCACUGGGAGGACCACGAGGUGGAGUUUAUGGCUAAGAACGGUAAUGAGAUCAUGAAGAGUAAAUAUGAGGCUGCUGUCCCGGUGUACUACUACAAACCAACCCACAGAGACUGCCAGGUGUUGAGGGAGCAGUGGAUAAGAGCAAAGUACGAAAGGAAAGAGUUCUCCGACCCUGGGAAGAGCUUUACAUAUGAGGAAGGCCUUAGAGAGGGCAUAUUGAUGAAGAGGGGCCGGGACAAUGGGCAGUUCCUCAGCAGGCGGUUUGUCCUCUCAGAGAGAGAAGGGACACUGAAGUAUUUCACCAAAUUUGACGCUAAGGAGCCUAAAGCAGUGCUCAAGGUGGACACCAUGAACGCAACCUUCCAACCAGAGAAGAUAGGAAACCCCAACGGCCUCCAGAUUACCUACCUCAAAGAUUACAGCACCCGCAACAUCUUUGUGUACAACGACAGCGGCAAGGAGAUUGUAGACUGGUUUAAUUCAAUCCGGGCAGUUCAGCUCCACUAUCUAAAGGUGGCCUUCCCUGGAGCGACAGAUGCUGAGCUGGUACCCAAACUUACCCGAAACUUUCUGAAGGAAGGAUACAUGGAAAAGACAGGACCCAGGCAAACAGAGGGCUUCAAGAAACGCUGGUUCACUCUGGACCACAGGCGACUCAUGUACUUCAAAGAUCCCCUGGACGCCUUUGCUAAAGGUGAAGUGUUCUUGGGGAACAAGGACCACGGUUACAGCGCCUCGCCCGGCUUGCCAGCUGGCACCCAUUGCAACGGCGCCUGGCAAUAUGGCAUCACCAUAGUAACGCCUGACCGUUGCUUCCUGUUCACUUGCGAGGCAGAGAGCGACCAGCAGGACUGGCUGAAACACUUCAAUAAUGUCAUAAGUGCGCCGAUGUCCCCUCAGGAGUAUACAAUGGAAGCCUUGUUCAAGCACAGACAUUGA